AUGGGAGGUGUAUUACCAUCAUCAGGAGCAGCAGGAGAUAAACAAUCAUCAACAGCAGCAGCAGGAGCAGCAGGAGCAGCAGGAGCAGCAGAAGGAGCAGCAGCAGCAGCAGGAGGAGGAGGAGGAGACCCAUUACGUUUUAUACCUCGAUGGAGUUGGGCUCCCCUAUCGAGUCGUUUUGGCAAACGAACGAUCGAAGAUGGAUUCAAUAUUACUGAUGAAUUUGCACAAAGAUAUUUAGAUGGUAAAUAG